AAAAACACACACACACUCUGGAUCCGGUUUGUUUUAAAUCCCGGGCCAAGUUGAUUUUAAUAGGUUAGGUUUUGGCUUUGUCGAGUAGUCGGCAUUAAUCUUCUGGAGAAACAGAAUAGAGAGAGAUUAAAAUCCAAUAAAAAAGCAAAUUAUCGACCAUGACUGACUAUGGACAGGAGCAGGAGAUGGAAAUCGAAGCAUUGGAAGCCAUACUUAUGGAUGAGUUCAAAGAAGUUCAUUCUAGCGAGAGUGGCUUAAACACUUCUAAUCGUUGCUUCCUAAUAACAAUAUCUCCACAGGAUGAUGACACGGAUGAGUCUACUGACAUUCCAGUUCAGCUAGGUCUAGUUUUCUCCCACACUGAAAAGUAUCCGGAUGAACCUCCACUUUUGAACGUGAAGAGCAUACGAGGUAUCCAAGCAGAUGAUCUUAAAACUUUGAAGGAAAAGCUUGAGCAAGAGGCAUCUGAAAAUCUUGGUAUGGCGAUGGUCUACACACUAGUUACGUCUGCUAAAGAGUGGCUGUCUGAAAGAUACAGUCAAGAUGCCAGCAAUGAGGACAUUGAAAAUGAAGAGGCAGCAAAAGAUGAUGUAAUUGUACCACAUGGAGAACCUGUUACUGUCGAGACAUUUCUGGCUUGGAGAGAGAGAUUUGAAGCAGAGUUGGCCCUUGAGCGAGCCAAGUUGAUGCCUGAGUCUGCUCUCACAGCUCCGAAGGAGAAGAAGCUUACAGGCAGACUGUGGUAUGAAAGUGGAAAAGCGAAAGGUGCUAUAGCAGUCAAUGAAGGAUCUGACGUGGAAGACGAGGAAGAAAUUGAUUUUGAUGACGAUGAUUUUGAAGAUGAUGAAGAAGAUAUGCUCGAGCACUAUCUGGCGGAGAAAUCUGACUCUUCUCACUCUUCAAGGAAAGCUGCUUAAAUAAAAGUAUUUGGUGUUGUAAUAUAGGUUAUUGAAGGCAAAGUGUGUAUGAGCAAUAAAUUUUUGGGCGUUGUCCUACACGUAUUUAUCUCCUUUUCCCCUAUGUAUUUAAUGAGUGAGGAAGAGGGAUGUGUAGAUCAGAGUGAUUUCCUUUUGUUCAUGUGAGGGGUUACUGGAGAUGUAAUUCAGAAUUUAGAACAAGUUGGGAAAAAUCUAGCACGUUAAUCGAAGUGCUCUAUUUGCUAAGUUAA